AUGGCCCACGGGGGCAGCCCGCGGGCAGGGGACACGGGGCCGCGCCUUGGGGUGCAGGAGCGCACGCCGAGCCGGGGCAGCCAGCGGGUCGAGUGCAUCAUCUGCUACUGCUCCUAUGACCUGGGCAGCCGCCUGCCCCGCCGGCUCUACUGCGGCCACACCUUCUGCCAAGCCUGCCUCAAGCGCCUGGACGCGGUGGCCAACGAGCAGCGCUGGAUCCCCUGCCCGCAGUGCCGCCAAAACACGCCCACGCCACGCGGCGGCGUCGCCAUGCUCGACCUGGACCUGGCCACCUUCCUGGCUGUCAAGGCUGACAAGGAGCAGCCCCGGGUGGCUGGCAGGUCUCAGCCCGACUCGGCCACCAAGGGCUCGUGCAAGGAGAAGGCAGUGACCCAGCAGCCCGCGGGACUGUGCCAAGACACGGGGCCUCCAGCGCUGUUCCCUCGGCGCGGCUGCUGCCGGCCCUGCCUGUGCUGCGGGGUGGUGGCUGCCUUCGAGAGCUGA